CCACUGGGCCACACCUGUGAAGAUGUGGAUGAAUGUGAAGACCCUCAGAGCAGCUGCCUGGGAGGCGAGUGCAAGAACACGGCAGGCUCCUACCAGUGCCUCUGUCCCCAGGGCUUCCAGCUGGCCAACGGCACUGUGUGUGAGGACGUGGACGAAUGCGUGGGGGAGGAGUACUGUGCACCCCGCGGCGAGUGUCUCAACAGCCAAGGGUCCUUCUUCUGUCUCUGCGCACCGGGCUUUGCCAGCACAGAGGGAGGCACCAGCUGCGAGGAUAUCAAUGAAUGUGAGGACCACGGAGACCCGGUGUGUGGGGCCUGGCGGUGUGAGAACAGCCCUGGCUCCUUUCGAUGUGUCACGGGCUGCCAGACCGGCUUCCACAUGGCCCCUACUGGAGACUGCAUUGACAUAGAUGAGUGUGCCAACGACACCAUGUGUGGGAGCCAUGGCUUCUGUGACAACACUGACGGCUCCUUCCGCUGCCUCUGUGACCAGGGCUUCGAGACCUCGCCCUCAGGCUGGGAUUGUAUUGAUGUGAACGAGUGUGAGCUCAUGCUAGCAGUGUGUGGGGCUGCACUCUGUGAGAAUGUGGAGGGCUCCUUCCUGUGCCUCUGUGCCAGUGACCAUGAGGAGUACGACACGCAAGAGGGGCACUGCCGCCCACGGGUGGCUGGAGGUCAGAGUAUAACUGAGGCCCCAACAGGAGGCCACCCCCCAGGCCCGAUCCGCAUGCAGUGCUACUCUGGGCAGAAUGGCUACCCACCCUGCUCCAGCAUCCUGGGCCAGAACACCACGCAGGCCGAGUGCUGCUGCACUCAGGGCGCCAGCUGGGGAGAUGCCUGUGACCUCUGCCCAUCUGAGGACUCAGUUGAAUUCAGUGAGAUCUGCCCCGGUGGUAAAGGCUACAUCCCUGUGGAAGAAGCUUGGAUGUUUGGACAGACCAUGUACACAGAUGCCGAUGAAUGUCUGAUGUUUGGGCCUGGUCUCUGCCCCAACGGCCGGUGUCUCAACACGGUGCCUGGGUACAUCUGCCUGUGCAAUCCUGGCUACCACUAUGAUGCCUCCCUCAAGAGGUGUGAGGAUCACGAUGAGUGCCAGGACAUGGCCUGUGAGAAUGGCGAGUGUGUGAACACAGAGGGCUCCUUCCACUGCUUCUGCAGCCCGCCCCUCACCCUGGACCUCAGCCAGCAGCGCUGCAUGAACAGCACCAGCAGCAUGGAGGACCUCCCUGACCACGACAUCCACAUGGACAUCUGUUGGAAAAAAGUCACCAAUGACGUGUGCAGCCAACCCCUGCGUGGACAUCGCACGACCUACACAGAAUGCUGCUGCCAGGACGGCGAGGCCUGGAGCCAGCAGUGUGCUCUGUGCCCCCCCAGGAGCUCUGAGGUCUAUGCUCAGUUGUGCAACGUGGCCCGGAUUGAGGCGGAGCGGGAGGCCGGGAUCCACUUCCGGCCAGGCUACGAGUAUGGCCCCGGCCCCGACGACCUGCACUACAGCCUCUAUGGCCCAGAUGGGGCCCCCUUCUACAACUACCUAGGCCCUGAGGACACUGUCCCUGAACCCCCUUUCUCCAACACGGCCAGCCACCUCGGGGACCACACCCUGAUCCUUGAAUCUCCUCUGCAGCCCUCAGAACUCCAGCCCCGCUACAUGGCCAGCCAUCCAGAGCCCCAUGCUGGCUUCGAAGGGCUUCAGGCAGAGGAGUGCGGCAUCCUGAACGGCUGUGAGAACGGCCGCUGUGUGCGCGUGCAGGAGGGCUACACCUGUGACUGCUUUGAGGGCUUCCAGCUGGAUGCGGCCCAUAUGGCCUGUGUGGAUGUGAAUGAGUGUGAUGACUUGAACGGGCCUGCUACACUCUGUGCCCAUGGUCACUGCGAGAACACAGAGGGCUCCUACCGCUGCCACUGCUCCCCAGGUUACGUGGCUGAGGCAGGCCCCCCACACUGUGCUGCCAAGGAGUAGCAGUGAGGGGUCAGUGUGGGCAGCUACCUGGAAAUGGCCUCCAGCCACAGGCAGGGACCUUGAGGAUGCUCUCCUAGCUGGGAAGACACCACAAUGACAUCAGGCCGGAGGCCCUGCAGCCCAGCUCCCAGUCAGCCUUGCCUGCUUUUGGCUCUCCCAGCUUGGGCUCUGGCUGUGAGCUUCCACCACUGCCUCCAUGCCGCCAUGCUCUUGCUUGGCUCAAACACCACCAAACACUUUAAUGCUUCAGCCACUGGCCAUGAGGCCCAGUCCACCAUCUAUCCUGGCCUUGCUAUGGGAUGCUUACCAAAGGAUGGCCCUCGUCCACCCCCUCAAGCUGUGCAAAUGUGCAAGGUCUUAUGGCCUCAUACUGCAGACACCCCUUUCCAGCCACAAUCCACAUAUCACUCUGAUGAUUCCACGACUGGGACAGAGGCUACAUCUGCCCUGGGAUGGUCCUUCAGAAUCUGUAGAGCAAGAAAGGGUUUGGGGGAGUUUGGGGACUGACUCCAAUGUUCCCUCUAAAGAACUUCUCCACCACUCGGCCAAUCUGGUGUGGACCCUGAUUUUGCCACACCACUAUCCUGCAGCCAGUUCUGUGGCCCCAGGGAGUGGCAGAAGAUCCCUGCACCUCAGAGAAGCAAGACUGGUGUUAGCUUAUUGAUUGUAAGAGACACAAAUGAAGAGGAGCAAAGAGCCUGAGAAAGGAUCAAGAGGGCAUUAUGAAAAAUAUGUGGAGUUAAGAAAUGGGAAGCCAAGACUUCAUAAAAGUCUAAAAAAAAUAUUCCGCAGUUCUGGGUAAAUAAAUUCAAAAUCCACCCAGCAAUAAUCCCUGUGCACCAGCAGCAAGGGCUGCCACAAGACAGAGUACCUAUCUCCAAAGACCUUUAUUAAAUACAUACUGUUUCUUACAGGAAACAAAUUUCUUCUGGGCCCUCCUUUUGUAAAGACCAGUUUGAUAUACUAAAAAUAAAAAGGUCUACUUUCUAGGGUGGUUCAGAGGAAGCCAGAUUUCGAAUGUUGUUUUUCUCCUCUACUCAGAAGCUCAUGCCCUCUUCCCCUUCAGAAAAUGGACGGCUGGCAUCCCUCUGAGUUUACAAGUAGAGACUCACUCCAAACCAGGCUAGCUAGGAGUUCAGAACCAUGGCGGAAUAAAGAAAUGUACAUCUGGGCUCCUCUGCUCGUUUUUAUUUCGUAUUAGACCAAAUUUCUUUGCUACAUUGGCUAAACCUACAUAUUAGAUAUGAGGCUCUGGCCAGCUCUGCCGAUAGCCUAUGAUUGGAUUCCAACGGGAGUACGUUCUUUACUAUUCCAAGACAAAGAAAGUUGGGUGCAUGGGUGGCUCAGUGGCAGAAUUCUCGCAUGCAAAGACAAAGAAAGCUGACUUUGUGUUUCUCUGAUGAAUGGCAAUGUAAGUGAACACGGCUCCAUGUGACUGGAGGCAAGGAGAUGAAUGCUGCUUUCUUAAUCUGUCCUGUCCUAUGUGCUGCUCUGUCAGCCAUCACAUAACUUAUUGAAUGCUUGCUAUAUGCCAGGCACUGUGUUGAAUGCUGUACAUAAAUUUCCUUUAAUCAUCUAACAAUCCUACUUACUAUUUUUAUUCCCAAUUUGUAGGUGAGGAAAAUGAGACACAGAAAGCUUAAAUAAUUUGCUCUAGGUCACCAUACUAGUUGAGGUGUUCUCAGCAGAUAAAAAUAAGUGGCUCAUAUUGAAAUAUUCUUUCAUUCGUAAUAAAAGAAAUGCAACUUAAAACCACACAAAGGUAUUUUUCUAAAAUUGUCAGAUUGGCCAAGAUCAAAAAGUUUGUUAAGACUCCUGGUUGGCAAACAUCUGGGGAAGUAAGCACUCUCUUAACAGCUGGUAGGAGUAUAUGUUGGUACAACCUCUGAAGAGGACAAUAUGGCAGUCUUUCAAAAUUAUAAAAGUACUAAGCUUUGGCCUAAUAAUUCAGCUUCUAGGAACUUAACCUUCACACACAUUCUCACCAAAUGUGAAAUGAUGUACGUAAAAGGUUAUUUAUUACAACAUUAUUUGUAAUAGCAAAAGAGUAGAAACAAUUCAUUGCUAUGGAACCCUAAGAAAAAAUGGCUCUAAAAUCCUUGAUAAGAAAGAUGUCUGAAAUAGAUGAAGGGAGGUUGUAUAACAGAAUGCAACAUAUGCUGCUAUUUGUCUAAACAAAGGGGAAAGAGAAGUGAAUAUCUGUCAACAUCAUCCUUGCCACUCCACAUUAUACCCCAUCAGAGAAUUUUUUACUAUUCCCCAAAUAUACCCUGCUGGCACUGUGCCCUCUUAAAUGCUGUUCCCACUUGCCCACCUCCCCACAACCCUCACCUUCCUGCUCAUCCUUCCAGAGAUAUGCAUGCAUAUACACAUAUUUCCUUUCAUUAAAAACACAAAUAGCAUAGUAUGCACGCUAUUCUGCGCUUUGCUUUUCACUUUAUACUUGUACACAAAGAGCUGCCUCAUUCUACUUCAUAGCUGUAUAUUAUUCCAUUGAAUGGAUAAACCAUAAUUUAUUUAAUCAGACUCUCAAUGACAGACAUUUCCAUUGUAUCCUAUCUUUUGCUAUUAUAAAUAAUGCUGUAAUGAAUAUUCUUGUGCAUAUGUUAUUUCGUAGUUUAUCUGUGGGAUAAAUUCUUAGAAACAGUGGUGGUUUGUGGGGAGAGUGAGAGGGUGGAUAGGUACAGUAUUGGGAGACUUUGCACUGUAUCUUUCUGUAUCUUUUAAAAUUUUGUACCAUAUGUAUUACUUAUUCAAAAAAAUAAAAUAUUUUAAAAUACA